ACGUAACGCGACGCGACGUGACGUGGCGCGGGGCACUCCUGGCAGCCUGCAGCGCGCGCUGUAGGCGGUCGUUUACUCCCCGGGGCGGCGGUUAACGGGGCGCGCGCCCGUCCGCCGCGCGGGAGGGAGGAGGAGGAGGAGGAGGAGGAGGAGAAGAAGAGCGGGGCGGCCGCGGCCGCGUUCCCGUCCCCGCGGCGGUCCGCCCGGGCCCCCGGAGCGAUGAUGGCCGCGGCGGCCGACCUGGAGUCCUCGCUGGAGCUGAGCCUGACGGGCAGCGGCGCGCUCCCCGGCGGGCUGCCCCCCCCGCGCUCCCGCAUCUUCAAGAUCAUCGUCAUCGGUGACUCCAACGUGGGAAAGACGUGCCUCACCUACCGCUUCUGCGCCGGCCGCUUCCCCCAGCGCACCGAGGCCACCAUCGGCGUGGACUUCCGCGAGCGCGCCGUCACCAUCGACGACGAGCACAUAAAGAUCCAGCUAUGGGAUACGGCAGGCCAGGAGCGCUUCAGAAAGAGCAUGGUGCAACACUACUACAGGAAUGUACAUGCUGUUGUGUUUGUGUAUGAUAUGACAAACAUUGCCAGUUUCCACAGUCUGCCGUCAUGGAUAGAGGAAUGCAAACAACACCUUCUUGCCAGUGAUAUACCACGGAUUCUUGUUGGAAAUAAAUGCGAUCUGAGGAGUGCCAUUCAGGUACCUACGGACUUGGCCCAGAAGUUCGCUGAUACUCACAGUAUGCCGUUAUUUGAAACCUCUGCCAAAAACCCCAAUGACAAUGACCAUGUGGAGGCCAUAUUUAUGACACUGGCUCACAAGCUUAAAAGUCACAAGCCAUUAAUGCUUAGUCAACCCCCAGAUCGCAAUGAAAUACAUAUAAAGCCUGAACCAAAACCUGCCAUGAUGUGCUGGUGUUAAAUCACGCUAUUAUCAGCUCUCACCUUGUCUCGUUUGCAAAUGCUUCAAAAUUACGAUCUUGGCAAAGUGCCAGGUUUUGGUAGCAAUUAUAGCAAAUCUCCUUGGCACUUUAAUGUGGGGUUUUUUUCUGGUGUAGAUGUGCCCAUCUCAUGUUCUUGCACUUUGUAUUUGUACUUUCUAAAUUACUGAAGUUUCACUAUAAAUGUAUGUGAAAGUAAACUUUCAAGUGAAGUUUUGACAAAGCAGUUCUACUUGAGCUCUUGCUGCCUGAGAUUGUUUUCAUCACUUGUGGCAAGGUUAUAAAUAGUAAGCCAGUUUACUAACAUUUUUGGUUGCUACUUGCACUGGAACAAUCUAGGAGUGUUUUGUGAUAGCUGGGUAGCUUGAUUUUUGGGUCGGUGAGUGGGGAGAUUUUUGGUAUAUGAAGGAAUAUUUGGUGCCUGCAAGCAAAUUGCUAAGCAAGUACGCUUUUACUUUAAAAACAAAACAACCCAGGACUGUCAGGUGAAGUUUGGGCUGUCAGUGUAGGUGCAAACUGCUAGCUUUUGGCCUGUCAUUCCACUGUAAACUUUGUCUGUUUCUUCAUGGCAAUGGUAAGAGAAUUAACAAACUUGUCCCUACCUUGGGAUAAUUAUUUGAUACUUAAAACUUCGUUAGUUUUUCAUAAUUAGCAUGUAAAACUAAACUAUGCAUUCCUUCUUAUGGAAAGUACUGUAGCACAGGAUGAUUUGGAAUAAAUCUGGGACUAUAACUGUCCAUAAUUUCUCUGACCUUACUAAAACUUCAAUGAGGACUUACUUCUAAAGAUGCUGGAUUUGAGUUGAGUGUCCCAGGGUAAGCAAAAACACUUAAGUGUAUAAAAGAUUGAGUGGGGUUGGCAAAGGCAUACUAGUUUUCAAAGGUAGGGGUUUCAGAGAAUUUUAGUGAUGAUGAAUGCUUUUCAUAUAUCUUGAAAAAGUUUUUUACAACCAACUCGACAACAUAUUUUAGGGAUGGAAAUGCUUAGGACAAAAUGUUAGGAACAUGGGACUUUCUUAAAAUACUUCUGAAUACAAAAUAAAUUAAAUCUUGAAAUAUGAAGAAAAUCUGCCAAAUACAUCAUCUGUUACAGAUUUUUUAGUUAAAAGCUGCUUGUGUAAUGUCAUGGCUGUAUGUGGGGCAUCCUUGGCAUUACUAAUGUAAGUUAGUGGUGGGUCAGAUGAGGGAAAUUACUCCUCUAGAACCAUCUUUGUUCUUAUAAUUGCAACCAUGUGAUUUCAGUUCUGUCUGAAGGUCAAGUUUCAUAAUAACAAUGGUGCUAGGUUGCACGAAUUACAUAAAGUGAAAUGUAAGCUGUAGAAUGCAAUCUAUGACUUCAUAUGCCAUGCCAAACAGUGGUUUGUGACUUAGUUUUUGAAGGAAUUGAAGUAAAAAUGAAGAUUUUUUUAAAAAUUAUUAUUAUUAUUAUUAUUUGCAAUGUGUAGUGUGUGAUGCUGACUGGAAACUAAACAGAAGGGCCAGUUCAGAAGCUGCCACCCUAGUGAUCACAUGAGAAACAAGUUAUUGAAAGAAGAUAACUAAUACUAUUUAAACUAUUACAAUUAAUAAGGUGUAAUUCUACUGCAAGUUAUACUGACGAAAGAAAAAUGCUUUGACUUUUUUUCUGGAUUUAGACAGAGCAUUCAAUUUGGUCUAAUAUGAUUAAGAUGCUUAAAAGGAAUCUAAACAAAAGGUAGUAUCUGUUUCCUGUAUAAAGCUGCUACAACUGUGACAGUAAUUUUGUUUAGGAAACAUUUGUAAAGGGGAAUUUUUGUACUCACUCUGAACCUUACAUGACUAGAAUUUGGUUUACAGUCCUUUCAGAAACAAUCAGCUUUUUAACACUAGUGUCCUUAAUGAUUUUUUUAAGAAAAGGAUUGAUCUUAAAUUUAUGUGUAUACUAUUGUAAAUAAAUAUGGUUUACAGUCCUCUUGGACAACUUGUUUUUCACUCAUGUCCUUAAUCUUUUUUCUCAAAAGAAUCCAUCUUAACUAUUUGUAUAAGUAUGUCAGCAGGUGUCCUGUGUUGUUUGGGUUUUUUUCUUCAAUAACAAAAACAGAAUGAAGAAUUCCUCAGUCAGUCAGGUGGGGGUUGAGGUAAGGAAAUUAUGAAGCUACGGUGUUACUGUUAGCUUUGAUAUCAAACAUCUGCAAAUCUGUUAAAGCUUUGAGUUAUUCACAACCUGUAAAUAAGGGCCCUUGUGUCAUUAAAAUUGCGUGGAAGCGGUGUUUAAGUAUGUAAUUUCAUCUUCAGCACAACGCAUGUUUUAAUGGUUGCGCCAUAAAGGUACUGUGGUCAUUAACGCAGGAUUCAGUAUGCUUCCUGGCUUUCAGUGGUCACGUCCCACCCACAGAAUUGAUGUCAAAAGUACUGAAUACUUUGUAUAUGUAUUUUCACUCUACCAAAUUGUAAAGUUGGGUUAUUUUGUAUGUGUUGGGGGGGGAGGGCAAGACACGAUCCCAGAAACCUAAUAAACUGGCUUUGCCACAA